UGUAGAUGGGACGAGCUUUUCGUUCCAAGGUGAAACGGGAAUUCGUGGAUGGUAAUUAUGCGGAACAGAAGACAAAGUGGGGUGUCGCGAGUGAAUAGGCGAGUGACGAGGCGUUGCUCUUUCGUGGACAAGGUGCCCUAGUUCCUAGAUAUGACUCGGUGAGUUUGGGAUCGAAACGGGGACGUUGGAUGCACACCGAUCCCUGCCUACACACAAUUUGCCCACCGAUAUGGAGGGGGAGCUGAUCACCUCCUGGGCCGGCAACCUGACCGCGAUGUUGCACCACCUGCCCUGCAACGACAGCUUGCUCGGAUGCGUGGACGAGUGUGGACUCGGCUCGUCGGGAUUCGAUCACGUGUGCACGGUCGAGAAAGGAAGCUACAUGUCCUCGAUGACCCUGCUCUGCAGACCCUGCGACUAUUCCAACUGCGACGUGAACGUGUCCUUGGUCCUGAGCGGACUGGAGAGCGUAGAGGGCGUCUUCUUGUCGAGGUUGCCGAGGUUCAAGGAGUGCAACGAGACCGAUUUUCGCGACCAGAUUUUGGAGUGCACGGCUACGUCGGAGAACGCGACGGCGGAAGACCUGACCGUCUCUUGUUCGCACAGGGCGAAGUUAAGCGGAAGCAGAGGCCGCCGUCUCGACUGGAACUUUCUCUUCGUGGCUGUGUUCAUCGUGGCGGGCGGCCUGGGGAACAUACUGGUCUGCCUUGCUGUGGGGCUCGAUAAAAGGCUGCACAACGUCACCAAUUACUUCCUUUUGUCUCUCGCGGUGGCCGAUCUGCUCGUCAGCCUGUUCGUGAUGCCUCUGGGCGCGAUCCCAGGCUUCUUGGGAUACUGGCCAUUCGGAGUGGUGUGGUGUAACGUGUACGUGACGUGCGACGUGCUGGCUUGUUCCGCGAGCAUAAUGCACAUGUGCUUCAUCUCGUUGGGCCGGUAUCUCGGCAUCCGGAAUCCUUUGCGGACGAGGCACACGUCCACCAAACGGAUGGUCGGCUUCAAGAUAGCGGCUGUGUGGUUGCUCGCCAUGCUGGUCUCCAGCUCGAUCACGGUGUUGGGCAUAAUAAAUCCUCUAAACAUUAUGCCACGGCCGGGAGCGUGCGUGAUCAACAACAGAGCGUUUUUCGUGUUCGGCUCUCUGGUCGCCUUCUACAUCCCCAUGAUCGUCAUGGUGGCCACCUACGUUCUGACGGUGCAACUGCUCAGGCAAAAAGCUCGUUUCAUCGCGGAACACCCCGAACGAGAUCAAUUUCGAAGGCUAGGGGGCAGAUACUUCUCGACCAAGGCCUCUUCCACCUCGACCGUGGAAACGGCCACCCCUUCGUCGUCGCGGUACACGUGGAGGACUUCCGGCGGUGUCGGAGGCGACAGGUAAACGAAAUUAAACGCGGAGGCUUUGUACCGUCGCAAGCAUAACAGGUGCAAGGGGGCAAGGUCGGCCAAGUCUCAACCGCAGUUGAAUUUCGCCGUGAACGGGGCGAGCAACCCGACCGGAAGCGGAACCGGGGCGAAACUGGCGACGAAAGUGGAUCAGGCGACGCAAACGCCUGAGAAUAUCGCCCGUGAAACAAGGAAUUUCACUCUGAAGGCUUUGAAGCUCCAAUUAAACGUCACUCCCAACACCCUGAAUCUCAGGUUUCUCCCCGGCAGAACGAAGAGGAGAUCGUUGGCCGCGAACGCCGUGGCAACGGAGCAGAAAGCCAGCAAGGUGUUGGGCUUGGUUUUCUUCAUGUUCGUCCUCUGCUGGGCGCCAUUUUUUCUAUUGAACAUAUUUUUCGCCGCGUGUCCCGAGUGCUCGGUGCCCGUGCACGUGGUCAACGUAUGCCUCUGGCUCGGCUACGUGUCCUCCACGAUCAAUCCGGUCAUCUACACGAUCUUCAAUAGAACGUUCAGGGCUGCGUUCAUCAGAUUGUUGAAGUGCAAGUGUUCCAGGUCAGCAAGGCCGAGGCAUCGUUCGGUGACGGAAAGUGGACGAAACGCGAUGAGCCUGUGCACCCCGACCGCGCUGCCAUUGGUCAUUAGUCUUCAGGGUACGCCGUUGUUGACGCCAACACCGAAUCCGACGGCCACGCCGGCCUCGGCAACCUCCUACGUGACGAUGAUGCAUCGCACGCCAACCUCCCUUUACCCUGACACUUUUCAUCAACACGAGCACGAUCAGAAUUGUUGAGGAGGACAAAAGUCUCUUCUUCUCACUCGAGGAUGCGAGAUCGAUCACGGGUGGAGCUCACGCGGCUCCACGAUGAUUCCUCGUAUCGAGAAGGGGAUUUCUUUCAGUUCCCCCAUUUUUGUGAAAUUUCAUUAUAUUCGAGAAAUCGGGGAAACGUGUUGAACAAAAGUUUUCCAACUAGAAAUUAUUCUUCCCCCUUUAUUUAUGGGAGAAGAGGUGAAAUGAAGUUAAAAGUUUCAAAUUCCUUCGAAUAUGGACACAAGUGGGAUUAUGGAUAAUGUGUAAUCUCGAAUAGAGAGAAAUCGAGUAAUUCGAGAGAAUGUUUGAACGACAUUGAUCUAAAAAUACCUGCCGCACAAUUUUUGCCUCGUGUCUUUUCAUGCUCAAUCAAUGGUAAAGGAUGAACAGUAAAGAAUCCCGAGAAGAAGUAUAUAUAUAUAUAUAUGUAAAUGUGAUAAAACAUUUUGUAUUGUCGUUUACUUUCUUCUGGAAAUUUUUCAGACGAUGCAAAGAUUGUUGAUCCAAGUGUUUCAUUUCGAGCCAAAGAUUAUUCAUAAGUGGAAACGUACCUUUUAGAGAAGCGAUUCGUUGUAACGAAUUAGAAGUAAAAUUGCAUGGAAUAAAGAAUAGCGUGCCGAUUCCAUCGUAAUGAUCGUGCGGACGAUCCAUUUUUCAUCGAUCCUAUAUCUCGUUUUUUUUUCUCUCUUUCUUUUUUCUCCGAUACGUUCUCUCGAUUAAAACGCACUAUCGUCUGUGAUACCGAUGGAAAAAUAUUUUUUUGUUCCACCGCGGACAUUCAGAUUAUUCCUCGUAGAAGAGAGAUUCGAUAAAAAUAAAACAAUUAACCGGAAGAAUUGUAACAAUGAUAGAAUUAUAUCUUAUUUACCUAUAGAAUUUUCUCGAUUUUGAAUCCAUUGUUCUUGAGAUCGACGAAAUUCCCAUACUUUCCAGCCAGGAAAAAAGAAAAAAAAAAAAAUGUCAUUCCUACUUUUACCUUCAUUUGUACUAACUUUUAUUUGACAAAUAAAAAGUAUCCAUUACAAAUAAUUGUAAACUGUAUAUCUUAUAUAAUACACACAUCGUGAUACGAGCGAGAUUACGAUUCUCUCUCUCUCUUUCUCUCUUACCCAUUCUCUCAUUGCAUACAUUUUUCAUCUUAAUUGUACACGCACACCACUUUCUCCCUCUCUCUUUCUCUCUCUUUCUGUCUGGAUUUUUUUCUCUCUCUCAAUCCUCGGUCGAUUCACAAUUUUCACGAACUUUCUUCCACCACUGUGUCUUCCCUCGGCACGCGUUCGCACACACACAGAGACACACGCUAAACACACCAAUUUCUCUCCCUCUCACGCAUUUCGUGUGUGUAUAUGUAUGUAUGUAUAUGUAUUUAUGUAUGUUUCUCUGUUUUGUUGCCUGUUUCUCGUGUGUUAUUCUUAUUACAUAAGUCGAUCUCGGAGUAUAAUGAGAAAAUGUUCCGUGCCGCUUCCAUCACGAUUAUAUAAACUCGGCAAAAGCGAAUAAUUUAUUAUCUACGUUGAGGCCAAUUCGAAAUAAAAAAAAAAAAAAAAGAAAAA